GUCUGUGAUCACUCCCGUUAGAUAUAAAGAGGCCUCAACCUCAACCUCAACCUCAACCUCAACCUCGACCCGACACAAGUAUCCUUCCCGUCCACCUUUCCUCCGCCGCUGCAGUUCGAAUCCAAAUGGCACCAAUGCCGACGCUGGCAGCGUUCGAUGGCCCUGUCUUGGUGGUCGGGCCGCAGUUCUGCGCUCCCCACGUCGUCGAUCUCACCGUUACCAAGAAGGCCCUCAGCUUGACGGGCAACGACUUCACCGUGACGGACGUCAACGGCAACGUGGUGCUUAAGACGAAGGGCGUCUUCUUCAGCCUCCGCAAUCGGCGCGUCCUCCUUGACGCCGCCGGAAAUCCCCUCCUCACCCUGCAACAGAAGAUUUUGACUCUGCACGGAAAAUGCCGAGUGUUCAGAGGAGAGAGCACAGAUUCGAAAGACCUGCUGUUCAGCGUCAAGAUGUCCAACCUGCUGCAAUUUUUUAAGACCAAGUUACAUGUGAUCAUGGCUUCCAACACCAACGAGGACGCGUGUGAUUUCAAGAUCAAGGGGAGAUACUUUCGGAGGUCAUGCACCGUUCAUCGCGGGGAAUCCAACUCCAUCGUAGCCGAAAUGAGGCGUAAAAUUACUGUGAAGAACCUGUUACUUGGAAAGGAUACGUUCAGUGUGACCGUGUAUCCGAACGUGGAUUACGCCUUCGUUGCAUCGCUUAUCGUCAUUUUUGACAAAAUAAACAAAGAUAGGUCUCGGCGUCAAAAACCUCAUACGGUGGCGUCUUUUGGUAUGUUAUCGUAAGAUUCCUAUCUUUUUUUAUUUAUCUUUUGAUAAAAAUAAAAAUAAAAAUAGAUUGUGUGGUGUAUUUUGGUACGGGCAUGUAUAAUUAAUUCUCAGAUGACUGUAAUA